AUGCUGGAGCUCAGCCUGUCCAGGCUGGGACUUGGGCUGGUGGCAGCCUCCCCGUGGUUGCUGCUGUUGCUGGUCGGGGCCUCCUGGCUCCUGGCCCGCGUCCUGGCCUGGACCUACACCUUCUACAACAACUGUCGCCGCCUCCAGUGUUUCCCGCAGCCCCCGAAACUGAACUGGUUCUUGGCUCACCUGUACCUGAUUCAGAGCUGGGAGGAAGGUCUCUGGUACACACAGGACCUGGCCAGCACCUAUGGGGAUGUGUGCUGCUCUUGGGGGGGGGUCUGGCAUGUUGUCAUCUGCAUCUUCCACCCCACAUAUCUGGUUAGAUUUUUGUUUCUACCUGCUGCUAUCGCACUCAAGAAUAUGGAGUUCUACAACCUUCUGAAGUCCUGGCUGGGGGAUGGGCUCCUGCUGAGUGCUGGUGACAAGUGGAACAGCCACCGUCGCAUGCUUACACCUGCCUUCCACUUCAACAUCCUGAAGCCCUAUAUGAAGAUUUUCACCAAGAGCACAGACAUCAUGCACACCAAGUGGGAGUGCCUGGUCACAGAGGGCCACACCCAUCUGGACAUAUUUGAACACAUCAGCCUCAUAACCCUGGACAGUCUGCAGAAAUGUGUCUUCAGUUUUGACAGCAAUUGCCAGGAGAAGCCCAGCGAAUAUCUCACCGCCAUCUUGGAGCUCAGUGCUCUUGUGUCAAAAAGAAACCAACAGCUCUUCCUGUACAUGGACUUCCUCUACUAUCUCACCCCGGAUGGGCGGCACUUCCGCAAGGCCUGCCGCCUGGUGCACGACUUCACAGAUGCGGUCAUCCAGGAGCGGAGCCGCACUCUCCCCGAGGAGAAUAUUGAUGACUUCCUCAAGACCAAGGCGAAGACCAAGACUUUGGACUUCAUUGAUGUGCUUCUGCUGACCAAGGAUGAAGAUGGGAAGGGAUUGUCAGACGAAGACAUCCGGGCUGAAGCUGACACCUUCAUGUUUGGGGGCCAUGAUACUAUAGCCAGCUGCCUCUCCUGGGUCCUGUACAACCUGGCAAAGCACCCAGAAUAUCAGGAGCGCUGCCGGCAGGAGGUGCAAGAGCUCCUAAGGGACCGUGAGCCUAAAGAGAUUGAAUGGGAUGACCUGGCCCAGUUGCCCUUCCUGACCAUGUGCAUCAAAGAGAGUCUGCAGUUGCACCCCCCAGUCACCAUCAUCUCCCGCUGCUGUACCCAGGACAUCAUGCUCCCAGAUGGCCGGGUCAUCCCCAAAGGUGUGAUCUGCCUCAUCAAUAUUUUUGCGACCCACCACAACCCAUCUGUGUGGCCAGAUCCUGAGGUCUGUGAUCCCUUCCGCUUCGACCCAGAAAACAUCAAAGGGAGGUCACCUCUGGCUUUUAUUCCCUUCUCAGCAGGUCCCAGGAACUGCCUUGGACAGACGUUUGCCAUGACUGAAAUGAAGGUGGUCCUCGCUCUCACCCUGCUACGCUUCCGUUUUGUGCCUGACAAGGAGGAGCCACGCAGGAAGCAGGAGCUGAUUCUGCGCCCGGAGGGUGGACUUUGGCUGCAGGUGGAGCCGCUGAGCUCAGGCGCUCAGUGA